AGGACACUUCGCACCCCACGUGCCAGCACCGAUCUGUGACCGACGGGCAAGGGUUGCUCCGAGCCGCCACCGAGAGCCACCGGCGGAUGGCGUCCCCGUGGGCCGUGCUGGCGCUGCUGGCGCUGGCCUCGGCGCAGGACACGCUGCUCAACAUCUGCAUGGACGCCCAGCACCACAAAACCAAGCCUGGCCCCGAAGGGCUGCUCUAUGGACAGUGCGCCCUAUGGAAGGACAACGCGUGCUGCACGGCCAACACCAGCAUCGAGGCUCACCGGGACCAGUCCUACCUGUACGGCUUCAACUGGGACCACUGCGGGGCCAUGGCGCAGCGCUGCAAGCGCCACUUCAUCCAGGACACGUGUCUGUACGAGUGCUCGCCCAACCUGGGGCCGUGGAUCGACCAG